AGUUGUGUAUUUAUAAAAAAAAAAAAAAUAUAUAAGUGAUUAUUAAAAAAUGUCAGAAGAUAUAAAGUUACAAGAAGCUGUGAAGAAAACACAAGAUUUACUCGGUAAAUAUAUAAAAAAACCUCCACUUACUGAUAAAUUAUUAAAAAAACCACCAUUUCGUUUUAUACAUGACAUAAUAACAUCGAUAAUAAAAGAAACAGGAUUUUUAAAAAAUUUAUUUACUGAUGACGAAUUAAUAAGUACAAAUAUCAGUGAUAAAGAAGCUAAGAUUGAAUAUUUAACAAAAUUAAUUGACGCAGUUAAAUUGAUAACCGGCAACAAUGAUUUGAAUGUAAGACCGUCUAAAAUAAUAUCCGGUCAAGAGCCGAUUAAAACGAAUGAAUUAUUUCAUGCGAUAGGACGCGCUUUGGAUAAAAAAGUAUCGAGUGAUGAAGCUAUCGAGUAUUUUAAGAAUAACAUCAACAAAAAAAGUAAGGAAAAAAGUUUGAAGAAGAAAAGUAGAUCACCUGAGGUCAAUUUGCCGAGCAAUGAAAAGAGUGGGGUUAAGAAGACAGUAAGAAAGUCUACUGAUAAAUUAGAUAAAGUGGGAAAAGAAAGUGAUAAGAAGAGAAGUUCAACAAAACAAUCUGGAGAAGUUAAAAAACGCGAUAGUAGUAUUGAUAGAAAAGUUAGCGAUAAUUCUAAAACGACAAAAGAUAAUUUAAAAAAAAAAGAUACGAGCGGGAAAAAAAAAGAUGAUAAAAAACCGACGGAAAAACGGGUCAGAAGUAAAGAAAGUUCGCAUAAAGAAACUGUUUUGCCGGCAAAGGUUGAGAAGUCUGCAGAUUUGGAAGAUAAAACAGAUUUGCCGAAGGUCGAUAACAAAGAAGAAGUCAAUGAAGUACAAGAUUUUGUUGGUGUAGAAGAAGCAGCGACAGUGAAAAGUGAACAAAAAGAUGUGAUUGAAGAUUCUAAUCUGGAAUCUAGUGAACCGGUUAAUGAUAAAACAGUUCCGAAGACUGCCGAUAAAACAGAAGAAAAAGAAGUGAAGCCGGAUGGGUUGAAGAAACAGAGCAAAUCUGUUGAAUUAGUAGACAAUAGAGUUGAUGGAAUAAAAAACUCGGGAAUUGGGAAGACUUCUUCAGGAUUUCUCCGACCUCCGACCGCAAGGCCGCCCAGUGCACGUCCAGCAGCGCCACGCUUGCGUGGUAAAACAGAUUUUAUAAUCAACAACAAUGUGGCCAAUCAGAUUGCGGACAUAAAUGUCAUUGUACAGAACUUCGAUAUGAAAGAAGACGAUGCUGAAGAUAUGGUUGUCGUUGAGUCAAGUGUCAAUGAUGAUAAUAAUUCAUUGCUUAACAUUAAUAAUAUUAAUAUAAGUAAUGAUUUGAAUGAUAAACAAGUGACGCAAGAGCACGGGUAUUUAGUAGCACAAAUACUUGAAACACAGCGUGAGUUAGUUAAUGAAGAUAACGUUGAAUUGAUACCGAAUAAAGUUGAAAUCGAGUGGGAGUCGGGUGUCAAGAAAGAUCGCGAUUUCGUUAUCAAAGAAAUAGAUAAAUUACGAGGGACAAUACAGACAUUGACGCGAACUACUAAUCCGUUGGGUAAAUUGUUUGAUUUUUUGCAAGAAGAUGUCGAAAUCAUGCAGCGCGAAUUACGUGAUUGGCGGAAUCAGUUCAAUGGGAUAAGAGAGCAAUUAAUUGUCGAAAAAAGUAAAACGUCGAAUUUAUUGAAGCCGCUUGAAGAUUCGUUGAGUGAAGUUGAGAAUAAUAUUAAAUUACAAAUGGAUAAAAUUUAUCAAACUAAGGCUAACAUUUUGAAAAAUAAUUCGAAAAUUUCAAGAUUACUCAGUGGUCAAUAAUUUAUAGUUAUUAUAUAUCACUUUUUAUGUAUUGCACGGAGAGAAAAUUAUGGCAACCGUUUCUAGUAUUUAUAUGAAAUACCAACCCAUAACGGUAUGGUGAUAAUUACUGGGAAUUAUGGGAUAUACGUCUAUCAUUCCUGGGAAAAAGUUCUAUAGCUAUAGAAACAAUUUUUAUAAUUAUGGUAAUAGUUUCUACAUCAGAUAGUAACUGAAUUAUGGU